AUGAUUGUCCGUUUUAAAACGAAUAUUAAAAUAUUUUUGUUAUUAAAUUUAAUCAAAUACAACGCUUGCGAUGAAAAUGGCCGUUAUUCGAAAAGAGAUUUACAAUUAAUAAAAGAUGUCGCCACAUUGAAUGCCGCCAAAUUUCUCGUUUUCGUACAAAAUGAAAAAAUUUUGAAAUUUGGCGACAUAACGAAAAAUUUUUCCAAUGACGGUUUUUACACGUCGAUAAUCGAUUUGAAAACUCUUGAUGAAUUAUUAAACGAAAUUAACGGAGAAAAAAAUAUUUUAAGAGGGAUAACGAUAUUAUUAAUUAACGGAUCUUAUAAUUUUACAAAUGUUUUUACAAAGAUAAAAUUUCCAGACGCUUUAAUUUUGUUAAAUUUUAAUAAUUCACUUACGGAUAUUGUAAAAUAUCAAAUUCCCAUUAACGUGAGGUUAUUUUUAUUAGAAUCAUAUGAGGAUAAAGUUAUAAUAAAUAAAAUUAAAAAUCCAAAUGUUAACAAAAAACCCAUCGUUAAACUUUAUGGAUUUUGGUUUGCGCCCAAAUCUUAUGGCAUUACACUUGUUGAUAAAUAUGAUAAAAUCGAUUUUGGAAACGUAUCGUUGAAAACAAUGGUUCACGAGUACGACGAAUUUAUUUGUAAAGGUAAAUUAAAACUUUUUGUAUAUAAACUGAGAUGUUUUCAUUCUGAAUUAAUUGGCGUUUUGUCAAAGGAAUUAAAUUUCCGGACGAUGUUGUAUAUAAAAAAUGAAAGGGUGAAAACAUUUUUAGGGGGUUAUUUAAAACCCUUGAAUAUAAAUUUACAAAUAGGAAUAUUAAUAUGGAUUUUAAUAUCGGGAAUAUUAAUUCAAAUAUUUAAAAACGUUCGAGAAAAGAAAAAAAAAUUUCAAAUAACCGUUACAAUAAAAUCUAUAUUGAAAUCAUUGCAAGUUUUUUGCAAUCAAGAUGUGUAUAACAUGCCUACGUGGUGUGCGGAUCGAGUCGUGUACAUGUCGACAUUUUUAUUCGUAUUAUUAAUUUAUCAAGGAUAUUCAGCAAAAUUAAUAUCGUCUUUAACCGUAACCACACCUCACAUACCAUUUAAAACAUUUGAAGAUUUUAUAUCGGAUGGAAGUUACAUGUUGUUGACUUUAACAGAAGGAUAUCAUAAAACUUUUUUCAACAAAUACCUUAAAGUUCUCGGAUUGAGUCAAUUUUUAAAACAAAACGAUUUACCUAAAAAUGCACAAGAAGCCAUUUCUCAAUUAUGUUCUAAUAAAAGUUUGGCUUAUAUUGAAUUUAGAGAAAAUAUAGUAGAACAUAAAUUAUUAUGUGACGUCAUCGAAAUCCCAGAUAUAUUUUCUCAUCAUAUCGGAUUAGGUUUACCUAAAAAUUCAAUUUACGGAAAAUUUAUGAACAAAGCAAUGAGAAGAGAAAUGCUGUCGUACGAAGAUAUUGAUUAUUCUCGUAAAAAUGAUUUUUUAGAAGUUUCAAUAAAACAAAUCAUUUUUCCAUUUUGUAUUCUAACCGUUGGAAUUAUAAUUUCGAUAAUCGUUUUCGUACUCGAAAUAAUAAUAAAAAAAUAUUUCGAUAAAGGAUUCGAUAAAGAUUACGAAAGGGAAUUUUUUAAAAGGGAAAAACAAUUACGGAAAUGGAAAAAUACAAUCACAAUGUGA